UACUCUCUGAAGAAACAGAGGAAAAGGGGGAAAAUAAAGGAAAAAAGAAAAACCCUUUUUCUUUGUCUAAACAUCACAGCCACGUCUCGGGUCUCACUCUCAGCAAAUUUUCUGGGGAAAAUUCAAUUUUCCGGGAAAUUAAGGGAAGGGGAAUUUUCGCAAUGGAGGCAGAGGAGGCUCUGCCGGACCAUCUACGGUGCAGCCGUACGGACGGUCGGCAAUGGCGGUGCAAGCGGAGAGUCAUGGACGACAUGAAGCUUUGCGAGAUUCACUAUCUCCAGGGCCGUCACCGGCAGUUCAAGGAGAAGGUCCCGGAAUCGCUGAAACUCCAGAGGAAGCCGAGCAAGAAAGCGCUGAACAAAGAGGCGGAGCUCGAAAUUAGGGCACAGAAAGCAGGUACGAAGAAGAAUCUGUUGUCGAAGCCGAUGAAGCGGAAGAAAUCGACGAGGUUUUCCACGGAAGCGGUGGACGAUGCAUUGCGGAAGAUGAAGCUGAAGAAAGGGAAUUUACAGUUGGAGCUGAUCAGAAUGGUGCUCACGAGAGACUUGGAGAAGAAGAAGAAGGAGACAAAAAAGAAGACGAGCGAUUCGGCUUCGGCAGCGAAGAAGAAGAAAAGGAAGACCAGGAACGAUGAGAUGGAUAUGGAGGAAGAGGAGGAGGAGGAGAAUAGUGAAGAAGAGGAGUUGACGAGACAGUUGCCUAAUGGUGUGAUGGCGAUAUCACCGGCACAGUCACCUUCACCACGGAAUUUCGGCAAUGUAGGUGCUAAUUGCCAUGUGAAAGUCGGGGUAGAUGCAGGCAUGGUUAGGCGGCGGCGUUUUCGGUCAAAGAACAUCGAGCCACUACCAAUUGGCACAAUGCAGCUUGUGCCGUGCGGGCGGAAUGUGACUAAAUUGAGGAGGGGAAGGAGGAAGAGAUGCCAUUGGUGUCAAAGAAGUGGUUCUUUGAGUCUUAUCAAGUGUUCAAGUUGUCAGAAAGAGUUUUUCUGCUCGGAUUGUGUCAAAGAACGGUAUUUUGAUACGCAAGAAGUUAAGAUGGACUGUCCAGUCUGUCGUGGAACUUGCACCUGUAAGGACUGUUCGGCUAAUCAAUCUAAAGACAGUGAAAGUAAGGAUUCUUUGGGCGAGAACAAUAAAGUUGAAAAAAUAUUACGUUUCCAUUAUAUGAUCUGUAUGCUUCUUCCUGUAUUAAAGAGAAUAAACCAAGACCAAAGUGUGGAACUUGAAACAGAGGCAAUAACAAAAGGGAAGAAACCAUCUGAAGUUCACAUCAAGCAGGCUGAAUUUGGUUGCAAUGAGAAACAUUGCUGCAAUAACUGCAGAACUUCAAUUGUGGAUCUCCAUAGAAGCUGUCCACAUUGUUCAUAUAUUCUUUGCUUAAGUUGCUGUCGGGAUUUUUGUCCAGGGAGCUUCCCUGGAAGUACUGACACAUCUAUCUCAAAGUACUCAAAUAGGAGGAAACCUUGUAAAUCUGGUGACAAGCAACGUUUACAAAAGAAGUUGCCUAAGAAAAAUUCUGGCACAUACCUUGCCUCACCUGCAUCACUAUCUGACUGGAAAGCUUGUAAUGAUAUUGGCAGGAUAUAUUGUCCACCCUCGGAAUUUGGUGGGUGUGGUGAUAGUCUCCUUGAUUUGAGAUGUGUUUUUCCCUUGAGUUGGAUUAAAGAGUUGGAAGUAAGUGCAGAAGAAAUAGUUUGCAGCUAUGAGUUUCCAGAAGUUUUUGAUACAUCUUCAUGCUGCUCACUAUGCCUUGACCUGGAUCAUAAAGCUGAUGGAAUUGAGCAUUUGCAAGAAGCGGCCAUAAGAGAAGAUUCAAAUGAUAACUAUUUGUACUACCCCAAACUUUGGGAUGUUCAUGGUGAUAAGCUUGAACACUUUCAGAAGCAUUGGGGUAAAGGCCAUCCUGUAGUAGUUCGAAGUGUGCUUCAGACUACACCAAAUUUGAGUUGGGAUCCAGUAGUCAUGUUCUGCACUUAUCUUGAGAGGAGCAUUGCAAGAUAUGAGAAUAAAAAGGAUUUACUUGAAGCUACCAAUUGCUUGGAUUGGUGUGAGGUAGAAAUUGGUAUCAGGCAGUAUUUUAUGGGUUCUCUGAAUGGGCGGACACAAACAAAUACGUGUAAUGAGAUGUUUAAAUUGAAGGGUUGGCUGUCUUCCCAAUUGUUCCAAGAACAGUUUCCGGCUCAUUAUGCUGAACUAAUCCACUCUCUACCACUUCAAGAAUACAUGAAUCCCAGGUCUGGUCUUCUAAAUUUAGCUGCAAAGUUGCCAGAGGAAAUCCCGAAGCCUGACCUAGGUCCUUGUGUCUAUAUAUCAUACGGCUGUAAGGAUGAACUUGUAUGGGCUGAUUCUGUGACAAAACUAUGUUAUGACUCCUAUGAUGUGGUGAAUAUUUUGGCACAUACAACAGAUGCCCCUAUCUCUACAGAACAGCUUACAAAAAUAAGAAAGUUACUGAAAAAGCACAAGGCUCAAUGCCAAAGUAGUGAGUCUUCCAAGAUUACUACUGAUCAAACAGCAGCAAAUAAAGUAAAUGGAAAAUCAUCAUUAAAUGGUGAAAACAAUGAAGAUGCAGGAUUGCGGAAUGUGACAGGAGAAGAAAUGCACAUACGCAAGAGAGUUGCUAGAAUAUCUUGCUAUUCUGCUGCAAGGAGUCCUAAAAAUAGUAACAUGUCCCAUGAUGGGAGAUAUGAUUCUGAUUCUGAAGCCUCUUUACCUCGCCAUGGACCUGUACCGAGCUCCCAUGCAUCAGAUCAUAGAAAUUCUGUGGAUCACAUUCAAAGCUCCAAUUCUUAUGCAAAGAGAGUACUCUCUGAGUCCUCUGGUGCCCAAUGGGAUGUCUUUCGUAGACAAGAUGUUCCAAAGCUUAUAGAGUAUCUCCAGAGGCAUUCUAUUGAGUUCAGCCAUAUGUAUGGCUUUCAUAAUCAUGUGGUUCAUCCAAUUCUUGAUCAGUGUGUCUUUCUUGACACGACCCAUAAAAUGAGACUUAAGGAGGAGUUUGAAAUUGAACCAUGGACUUUUGAGCAACGUGUUGGGGAAGCUGUCAUCAUUCCUGCUGGAUGUCCAUACCAGAUAAGGAAUCCUAAGUCUUGCGUCCAUGUGGUAUUGGACUUUGUCUCCCCUGAAAAUGUUGCUGAGUGCAUCCAGUUGAGUGAUGAAUUCCGGCUGCUUCCGGAUGACCAUAAAGCAAAAGUAGACAAGCUAGAGGUGAAGAAAAUGGCCCUUCAUAGUAUUAGUGCUGCUAUCAAAGAAAUCCGUGAGCUUACAUGCACCACAUAAUAUGGAAAACAUAACAGGUAGAGAGAGAGCUUCAUAUUUGCUUGAGGUUGAAGCUGCCGGAGGUCUAGCAUAUCCAUAAUUUCUCUUCUAGUAAAAACCCUUAAUAAAAUCGUGGGAUGGGUUCAAAUCUGGAAGAGGGGUUAAAUAACAUAGAGCCAGAAGAAUCUCUUUGAAGAUAAACUUAGAUGUGGUUCUCCAUGGGUGGACAGACAAAAACCCCUCCAGGCAACCCUACUGUUGAAGAGAAGCAGAGGCUGUCCUCCUGGUGAUCAUACAAGUUUUAGCGCUUAACAUAAUAAGGAUAAUUGUGGAAGGCAACUUCUUGAUUCUUAUUUGAGAAAAAUGCA